AGCGAGCACUUACUGGCUGACUUACUGGCUGACAUCACUCUGAGUAAUGAUAUAAAGCAGCGAAGCCCAGAGGGAGCCAAGCCACAGAGAUAGGAGGGGAAGCAAAGGAACGACCCAACCUGCCAGGAUAAUUAACCACAUAUCAAAAUGGACAACGUCACAUAUCCAACAUCCAUGUUUUCUGACACGACCCCUACUGCAAUGUCUCACUAUGAUGAUGAUGAAUAUCAAGAAGACCAAGAAACCCGUCUCAUCAAAAAAAUUAUGCACAUCUCCUCCAUGUUGGUUUAUUCCGUGGCCUUCUUACUCGGGACUACCGGGAAUGGCCUUGUCAUCUGGAUUGCAGGCUUCAAGAUGAAGAAGACGGUCAAUAUUAUAUGGUUUGUUAAUCUGGCCAUUGCUGAUUUCAUCUUCACCCUUUUCCUUCCGCUCAGCGUGGCCUACAUUGCCCUUGAUUUCCACUGGCCCUUUGGCACGUUUAUGUGCAAGUUGAACAGUAGCAUUGCAUUCAUCAACUUGUUUGCCAGCGUCUUCCUACUCACCGUCAUUAGUGUUGACCGUUGCAUCUCAGUGGUGUUUCCAGUCUGGUCUCAGAACCACAGGACCCCCCGUCUGGCCUCCUUUGUGGCUCUGGCUGUGUGGUUCUUUGCCCUGUGUUUCAGUUUGCCUUAUUUUAUUUUUAGGGACACAUUUCGGCACCGUGACUUCGUCCUUUGCUACAAUAACUUUGGUUAUGAUAAGGAUAAUACCUUUACUGAUCUGGGAAUACAAAGAAUCAAGGCCACAGUGAUAAUAAGAUUCCUUGUAGGAUUUCUGAUUCCUUUCUCAGUCAUUAUCUUCUGUUACACGGUGAUUGCACUAAAACUCCAAAGGAAUCGCAUGGCCACAUCUUCCAAGCCUUUCAAAAUUAUCAUAGCCGUGCUGAUUUCGUUCUUUGUCUGCUGGUUUCCCUACCACGUCUUCUCGUUCCUGGAAAUGACUGAAUACACCAACCCCAAUGCCAAUUACGGAACAGUGUUGCUUAUUGGAACACCCAUCACCUCCAGUUUGGCGUUUCUCAACAGCUGUGUCAACCCUUUCCUGUAUGUCUUCAUGGGCAGAGACUUCAAGAAUAAGUUCAUGACUUCUAUACAGUCUGUUUUCGAGAAGGCCUUCAGCGAGGACUCGCUCCAUACAGACACCAAGCAAACGAAGUCAACAAAGUCAGUGUCCGAAUCGAACCUGGUCUGAGAUCAAGAAGGAAUUUAUAAAGUAUUAUAAAGUGUUAUAUGGGGAUACCCUUCCUCAUGAAAGUACUGUUGUUGUUUCCAAAGAGAUACACCACUAAAUUAGCACCGCCAUGUCCAUAUAACUUUGUGAACCCAAUGUAUGUGACAUUUUAUAUGGUAACAGGGUUUUCUUGCCAAUGCUCUACUUUGUGUUUCUUCCACUAUCUUUCUUAAUCUAAAAAGGCCCCUUCAUUCUAUAUUUGGUGUAAACUAUAUAAUUUCCAUAUCAUGAAAAUCAAAGGCCUUUCAUUAUAUGAUAAAGCCAAGACUGGUCUUAGACAAACACUAUAUAUAAAAGGGCUCAUUUAUGAUGUGGAAAGCAGGGUGCAAAGUGCACAAAAACAGACGCAAUUCCAUUUUUUUUGCACUUUGCUCCCUGUCUUCCGGCCUAUAUGGAUUGGCGCGGGUCUUGGUGAUACUUUUUAUAGCACAGAGACCUGUUGGGUGCUUUUUCAGCCCUUAGGGCAGGGGCACGAAUGGCGGAUGAGCCACUUUUCUUAGCUUUAUACUGAGAAAAGCAGAUGAGCUCCUAUCCGCAGUACUGGGCAGCGCCACAGACAGUUACUGGGCCACCCUGUGUGCAGCUACACUGAGCGGAUUUUGGCCCACAAAUGCACGCUUUCCUCUAUUUCCAUCACGUGUGCCCCUACCCUUCUGAUAAAUGGCCCCUGAAAGUGUCAACAUUCUGUAAAUACUGUAAAUAAUGAGCUAAUUACAAAUUACAAGUAAAUCUGAUUGAUAUAA